AGUCGAAGAUGGGUGGCCGACUUCUGUUUUUUCUCGUUCUCAGCUCCAACUUUGCAUUUGAUGUUAUUUUAGGUCUCAGUAUAAAUGUUGGAAGUCAUUGGACUGCCAAUAAGACUCUGAGUGGACCCCUUAUCAUUCAAGAUCAGGAAUUGGUAGUUUACUAUGAAAUCAGUACAGAUAUCCCAGAUGAGUCUGGAUCAGAGACUAAUCGAGCAUUGGGUCAUACGUUUGUGUCGUUAGGAUUGAUUCCUAGCCUUACAAUCAUCAAUAGUACUUGGUCCAAAACAUUCUCCUUUGGAACAGAUUCUUGGAGGCCUGAAGAAGGUUACUGGGUGAUGCAUCUCCAUUGUAGUGUCUUCACUUGUACAGGGUCAGUGAAUAUCGGAGAAUGGUAUGGAAUUGUUGAAAUGGAUGUGCAUACCGGAUUACUCAGGAAAACUGUCAGUAUCGUGGACCCACAAACAGAACCAAUCCAGACUCUAUGUGAUGCUACCUCUAGUAUUCCUACCACCAGUAUAGCUACAGCUUCUUACAGUAGACUGGUCUCAUCUCAAAGUCCUUGUUCUCCUGAUGUUGUUGUCAUGGCAACCAUAUCAGAUGACUCUAGUGUACACAUGGGACUAUCAUAUAAAGGUCUGCAACCAGACAGUGUGGAUUGGUUUGAUCUGACUGAUAUUCUGUGUGGAAAUUCUUCAUCUCAAGAUUGUGAUCUAGGAAGUUUGAUUGAUUUGAAGCUGACUUCAGAGCAUCUUAUUAUACUGACAUCGGAAGCCAUCUUUACCAUUCAUCUUAAAGGGCAAGGCUUAAAUAAGAACUUGGUUAACACUGUCAGCGUUGAUAUUAUUCUAGAAGACAUACUGCCGAAUAAUACUAGACUCUCAUACACUACUACAUGCAAUCCUGAACGUUUGGUUGAUGAAGUGGUACUUCUGGUGAAACAGCUACCCUACCCAGAUACUCUACCAAGGGCCCAAGGCUGA